AUGUGGUGGUGCUGUUCUUCUUCCGCUAGUUCAGGACCGAUGGCUGCGAUACGCAAAAAAUUAGUGAUUGUUGGUGAUGGUGCAUGCGGUAAAACAUGCCUGUUAAUCGUAUUUAGCAAAGAUCAGUUCCCGGAAGUGUAUGUGCCGACAGUGUUCGAAAACUACGUUGCCGACAUCGAGGUUGACGGCAAACAGGUGGAACUAGCCUUAUGGGAUACAGCCGGUCAGGAGGAUUACGAUCGACUGAGGCCACUCUCGUACCCGGACACCGACGUGAUCCUCAUGUGCUUCUCGGUGGACUCGCCGGACUCGCUCGAGAACAUCCCGGAGAAGUGGACGCCCGAGGUGAAGCACUUCUGCCCCAACGUGCCUAUCAUCCUGGUGGGCAACAAGAAGGACCUGCGUAACGACCCGGCCACCAUCAACGAGCUGCGCAAGAUGAAGCAGGAGCCCGUGAAGCCUCAGGAAGGCCGUGCCAUGGCUGAGAAGAUCAACGCCUUCGCCUACCUCGAGUGCUCCGCUAAGAGCAAGGAGGGUGUGCGCGAAGUGUUCGAGACGGCCACCCGCGCCGCGUUACAAGUCAAGAAGAAGAAGAAGACUAGGUGUUCUCUGCUGUAA